AUGGAUACUUUAAACAAAAGUUGUAGUCAUUUACAUACAAUCAAUUCUACAAAUUUAUCAUUUAAAAUGAUUUUAUUUGUCAAUAUAAAAUUUUUUGCAAUUAUUAUUCAAUUAAUUGGGAUACCAUUAAAUUUAUUUGUAUUACAUGGAUUACUUAAUGUGAAGUUAGGAUCACGUUUAACAACAUUACUAUUAUGUAAUCAAUGUGUAUUUGAUUGUCUUAUUUGUACAUUUGCUUUAUUAAAAAUAUUAAAAUCUGAACGUUGGUAUACAGGUUAUAUAAUUAUUGAUAGUAUACUAUGUUACUUGUGGUUUAGUCACACAUUAUUUUGGUUGUUUGUAUUAUUAAGUUUAAGUAAUAUGAUGUGUACAGCUUUAGAUCGUUUAGGAGCUGUUGUAUGUAGUCGUACAUAUCAAUUACGUCAAAAUAUUUACAUAAUAUUAUCAUAUACAAGUAUUUCAAUUUACUCAUUAAUAUUAAUCGCUAUCAAUCCAUUAUUAUUACAAUAUCGUGAUCAAAAAUGUUAUGAUACCAUAUUAUAUGAUAAAAACUGGAUAUAUAUAUUAAUGAAAGUGGAUUCUAUACUGUGGCCAUGUCUUACUUAUUUAUUUCCAUGUGUUUUAACUGUCAGUGUGUAUGGAAAAGUUAUAGGAGUGUUGAAAAGUACAACAUUUCGCCAUCAAUAUAAUUAUAAUAAUGAUAAUAGUUUUAGUAAUGCUAUCAGUAUUAAUAGUAGUACCAACAAUAGUUGGACACGUAAAAUAUCAAGUCAUAAAUUAACUGUAUCCUAUGCUAAACAAAAAAGACAUCGUAAAAUUGCUCAGUCUUUAACAAUAGCUACAUGUAUUAUGCAAACAAUAUUUUUAAUAACGCAUUCAUAUGACAGAAUUUAUUACUUUCUUGGUAUACAUCAAUGGAUACUUUAUCAAAUUGAUUGUACAACUCAUUUAAUUGGUUUAUGGCUUGUAACACUGAAUAGUUGCAUUAAUCCAAGUACACUUAUAUUUAUUGUACGCCCAUUACAUAUCUAUCUUAUUCAAACCAUUAAUCAAUGUUGCUGUAAAUAUUCAAAACGAUCCAAUAUACAAACAUCAACAAAUUAUUUAAGUGAACAACAAUCUGAAACGUGUUUAAGCAGAACAGAAUUUGGAAAUAGGUCAAAUCGAAUUGAAUCAUAA